AGAGAGCACCCCCACCGACACCCCACCCCCACCCACUCUGCGAAUCCGUGAAUGUUAGAGACCUAUUGCGAAAUCAAGUUCACAGGCCCAUGCUGUCAUCAGUUCGAAGAAAAUAAUUUUGGAUUAGUUUAUAUCGAUAACAAAUUAUUCUAUGCAAUUCUGAACAAUGCAAUGCAAUAAAUGUCAUGCUGACAUUCUGGUGAAAGGGGAAAUGAAUCGCUCCAUCAGUGCGCCAGUACAGGGCAUGCAAAGAGACAAACAAUACAGAUAUGCCGGGGUUUAGCGCCAAAUGGACCGCUGUAAUUGUUUUGUUUGGAGUGGUUUCAAGUGUUUUUCUCUUCUGUGAAUACCUCAUAUAUUUCCCAGCCAUAUUGAAGUGUUCUUGGCCGAAGAUAGACAAUGUUCGCGGAGGAGACGGACAGCCAGCGGCUUCAACUCUACGCGCAAUGGUGCUUUCAGACACUCAUCUCCUUGGAGCUAUCGGAGGACACUGGUUUGAUAAAUUGCGAAGGGAAUGGCAAAUGGAGAGGUCUUUCCAGACUGCGCUGUGGUUGCUGAGACCAGAGGUCGUGUUCAUACUGGGGGAUAUUUUCGAUGAGGGAAAGUGGAGCUCACCUAAGGACUGGGAGGAUGAUGUACGGCGAUUCCAGCGAAUGUUCAGGCACCCCAGUGAAACAGAACUAAUAGUUCUGGUUGGAAACCAUGAUAUAGGCUUCCACUAUGAGAUGGACUGGUUUAAGUUACAGCGCUUUGAGAAGGUUUUCAAUGCCACCUCUACCAGGAUCAUCACCCAGAAAGGAGUCAACUUCUUGUUGGUGAAUAGCGUGGCCUUGCAUGGCGAUGGGUGCCCCAUAUGCCAGGCUGUAGAGAAGGAGCUACUCCGUCUGUCUAAAGACCUCAACUGCUCUCUCCAGUACACUCAGUCCAGCAUAUUAAAGGAGUACUGCAGGGACUCACAGAGCUAUCCUCCUACCCCGCCCAUCGUCAUGCAGCAUUACCCCCUGUACCGCGUGAGUGACGCCAGCUGCCGAGGCGUCGAUGCCGCUCCUCCGGAAGAGCGCCAUCUGCUGUUCAGAGAGAAGUAUGAUGUGUUGUCUAAGGAAGCCUCCCAGAGGUUGCUGCAGUGGUUCAAGCCCCGUCUGGUCUUGAGUGGUCACACUCACAGUGGAUGUGAAGUUCUCCAUGACAACAAGUACCCCGAGAUCAGUGUGCCCUCCUUCAGCUGGAGGAACCGCAACAACCCCAGCUUCAUUCUGGGGUCAUUCUCAGCAGGCAGCUUUGCUCUAUCUAAGUGUUUCCUGCCUGAGGAGAGCACGGUCAUUGUCCUGUACUGUUCAGCUGGUGCAGGGCUGCUGUUGCUUCUCCUGGCUCACUGUCUGUGGCUGAAGGGCCUGCUUCAGUGCCUGUGUCUUCUGGGGAAGCACAAGUCCCUCUGACGAGAGGAGUAGGGUGAUGUCGCCCCCAGUCACUGGUCUCAGGUCAGGUUGGCUGUCCUGAUGUGACGAGGACAGGAUUAUCUACAGACGGAUAUGCUGAUCUUUGACCAGUGCCUAAGGGCAACUUCACCCUCUGGAGGGCCAUGGAUGUUGUCCUCCUAGUGGACUUGUUUCGCUCCUUCGAUGGAGGGAUAUGUGUUGUUCCACUGCAACAAGAGCCAAGCAGAGUUUGUACAUAUCUUGUUUUUAAGUGAAUAUGCGUUGAUCUAGACUGAUGACCGUGUACUUGACUGCCGUCUCUCCCUCACGGACAUUUUCAGUGAUGUAUUUAUGGUCCAGAUUCUCACGUCCCUGAUGUCUACUUAUGCUGUUUCCCGAUACAAGCACAAGUAUGAACAGUCACAUUCUUAACUUUAUAUUUCUGAUGAUUUUAUGUGCCAAAUUUGUAUUUCUGAUGAUUUUAUGUGCCAAAUUUGUAUUUCUGAUGAUUUUAUGUGCCAAAUUUGUCUCCCCAAUCACCACUAUUAUACAGUAAAUUAUUUCUGAUGUACAGUAUAAAAUAAAGCUAAAUGAGCCCA